UGGUAACGUUUCUCUAUGACGCCGGAGAGAGGGAGAGACCGGAAGAGUUGUAGACUAGUAACAGUAGUCAAUGCCAAGUCCAGAGCCUUCAGCAGUCUGUCUGUGACGAUGACUGAAUCAGACUUAUACACGCUGUACAAAGGGGUCUAUAUGCCCAAAUCUUUGCACCCACCUCGCAGCCUGAAGUUCUACGAGGAAUUCACCUUCCGGCCAGAUGAUAUCAUCAUAGUGACAUAUCCCAAGUCAGGGACGACCUGGAUGCAGGAGAUCCUCCCUCUGAUUAUUAGCAGGGGGGACACGACUUCUAUCGAGACGCUCCCAAACUGGGACCGUGUUCCCUGGCUGGAGGAGCAGCGGGCCGUCGUGCUUAACCUGGAUGAAAGGCCGUCCCCACGCCUGUUCGCAACGCACUUCCAAUACAACAUGAUGCCACCCUCUUUCUUUGAAGCGAAGCCAAAGGUGAUCUACGUCAUGAGGAACCCGAAAGACGUGUUUACGUCCUCCUUUCACUUUUAUGGGAUGGCGUCCUUCCUGGUGAACCCAGGCUCGCAGGGCGAAUUCCUCCACAAGUUCCUCGACGGAAAAGUUAUGUUCGGCACCUGGUUCGAUCAUGUGAAGGGCUGGCUGAAUGCCGAGGAUAAGGAGCACAUAAUGUACCUCGCCUAUGAAGAAAUGAUAACAGACCUCAAGGACUCCGUGUCCAGAAUCUCUCGGUUCUUGGGGAAACCUCUGGACGCCGAGGUUGUGGAGAAGAUAGCCGACCGGUGUCUGUUCAAGAACAUGAGGAAGAACAACAUGUCCAACUACUCUGCGGUUCCUCAGGAAUUCAUGGACCAGACAAAGUGCCAGUUCCUUCGGAAAGGGAUUGCCGGAGACUGGAAAAAUCUGUUCACAGUGGCAGAGGCCGAGUACUUUGACGCCGUUUACAAGGACAAAAUGAAGGAUGUCCAGUAUAAAUUUGUGUGGGAUUAAUAAACAGGGAAAGCCCAGACCUUAUGAAAGUCAUAUUGCACAGGCACCUUUUAAUGGUUUGAUUAACUGAAACAGUCUACUAAUGGUCUCCUUGGUAACUCAUUUGUAUGGAGAUGGUGACUUAAUCAUUAUACUGUUACAUAGUUGUCACUAAACCCACACGACAUCACAUUGUGACCUUACAAUUUAGUCAUGAUGCUGCUAUCAGGCAAACAUUAUAAGGUGGAUAUAAGAGCUUUAUCUAUCUAUCUAUCUAUCUAUCUAUCUAUCUAUCUAUCUAUCUAUCUAUCUAUCUAUCUAUCUAUCUAUCUAUCUAUCUAUCUAUCUAUCUAUCUAUCUGUCUGUCUGUCUGUCCAUCUCACCAUAUCACACCAUAUCACACCAUAGCUACAUUCUUGCAGCAUAUACUUCAUUAACCUAGUGUAGCCCACUACAGUGUGUUACUACAGUGUGUUUGCAAAACUUUUGUAUUCGACUUUAAGGUUUUUAAAUCUUCUGCCCUCCCGAACAACAAUCUGAAUACACCUUUCCAUUUUAACAUCGGAGGGACAGACGGUUAUCCUACCAUACACACCCGAUAUAAGAAUGUACUUAUAUAAUAAUAAACACUAAACAAGUUCACUGAGAA